AUGGCAACUCCUCCGCCUGAAGGGGCCACUGCUCUCAAAGAAGAGAAGCCUCAAGCGCCUCCGCAACUCAACGACGUUACACCUGCUUCAUCGCUCAACAGGUCUCCUGAUUCUCUGCUAAACGGCGAUACCCGUUCUGAAGAAAAGAGUGUAUCAGCUGCGCUAAACAAAGCUGCAUUCAGUACAAACAACGAUGUCGUCCCGUCUACGAAUGGAGAAACACCACCUAUCGCCAAUGGAACAGAAGGAAUUCCCGCGCCUGAUUCGAACACUGCGAGCUCCAUAGAAGCAAAGCUUGAAAUCAAGCCUCAAGAAAUAGCGCUAUCGCCUCCAAAAGAUCUUGGAGGAAAUGUUGAGAACACAGUAUCUGAACCUGCCGCCAAUAUCUCAAAUUCUCCCAAGGAAAUUGCGCAACAAAGCCAGUCCGAUGCUGAAACUACUCUUCCCCACCAUGCCGCUUCUGCUAACGAGUCAACACCACCACAAGUGGAUUUUGUCGACCAACCCAUGACCGACGCUCCCCUGUCACCAGCAAAAGUAUCGCGCGAACGCGAGGUAGACCCUGAAGAAGAGCCUGCCGCGAAGCGCGCGAAAGUGAAUGGAGGUGCCCCGGCCGAGCUCGAUACCAAAGCGACAGAUGCGUCUGCUCCGCCAGAGGCAGUCCAACCGACGCCAUCAGAUGCUGUGGGAAUAACACCUCUUCAACACAAAUUCCUGAUAAAGGCUCUCACUAACCUUAAGAGAUCGAAUGACUCGCGCUUUUAUCGAGAGCCCGUUGACCCUAUCAAGUUGAACAUACCAAACUACUUCACAGUCGUCACUGAGCCAAUGGAUCUAUCAAAAAUCGACGAGAAGCUAAAGAAGAAUGAAUACACCUCCGUUUCAGAAAUCGUCUCGGAUGUGGAAUUGAUGACCCACAAUGCGGUAAAAUUCAAUGGUCCAGAUCAUGUGGUGUCCCUUGAAGGCGUAAAGUUGAAGCAUACGUUUCAGAAGCAGCUUGAAAAGCUUCCCAAACCUGAUGAGGUCGAAGAGAAAAAACCAAAGAAGCUGCCUCCCCCCAAAGAACACCCGCGUCGUGAACCUCGCCUCAGUACUCAAGCUGCCCCGAAGCAGAACAACGCCGCUUCUCCAACAUUUGCAUUGAACCCGGAGGGAUUGCCGAUCAUCCGUCGCGACUCUACGAACGCGGACGGGCGUCCAAAACGUGCUAUCCAACCGCCUAAACGCGAUUUACCCUACUCUACUAAGCCCAAGAAAAAGAAAUUUCAAUGGGAACUAAAAUUCUGUCAAGAGCUGUUAGAUGAGUUGCACAAGCCCAAAUACUGGACUAUCGCAAACCCAUUCUACUAUCCAGUGGACCCUGUUGCAUUGAAUAUUCCGACUUAUCACAGCGUGAUCAAGAAGCCAAUGGACCUCUCGACUGUACAAACUAAGUUGAAGGCUGGCCAGUAUGAAAACGCCAAAGAAAUGGAAGCCGACGUGCGGCUGAUGUUGAAGAACUGCUUCAAGUUCAAUAUUCCCGGCGAUCCGAUCUACGUAGCCGGACAGAAUCUUGAAGAAAUAUUCAAUGCUAAAUGGGCCAAUAAAAGUCAUUGGCUUGAAGAACACGAUCCAGACAACCACACCCAGAGCGCCUCGUCUGAUGAAGAUAGCGAGGAGGAAGAGAGUGAAGAGGACGCCGACCAAGAGAAGCUUCAAGCUUUGCAAAGACAGAUUGCCGAAAUGUCUAAGCAAGUUGAGGCAAUAACCAGGAAAAAGAAGACACCCCCAGCAUCAAAAAAGGCCGGGAAGCCCAAGUCGGGUAAGAAGGAAUCUAAGAAGGGUUCUAAGAGCGACAAGAAAGCCAAGGGCAGCAAGUCGGAUAAACGGAACGUGACAUACCAUGAGAAGCAAGUCAUCUCCAAUGGAAUAAGCUUAUUACCGGAUAAAAAAAUGCAAGAGGCUCUGCGGAUCAUCCAGAAUAAUGUUCCAUCUUUGAAAGGAACGCAGGAAACUGAAAUUGAGCUUGAUAUCGACGAACUGCCCAAUGAGGUUCUUGUGAUGCUGUUGAAAUUUGUGAAGAAAAAUGCACCACAGGCGGUUGUUGAUGACUACGAAGACGUUUCUGCACCGGUUUCGGCGAGUGUUCAAUCAAAGCCCAAGAAGAACAAGCCUAUGAGCAAAUUCGAACAAGAGGCUCAGAUCAAUAUGCUGGAGGGCAGCCUGUCUCGGUUCCAAGGAGGCGCUUCGACUGAGUUUGCAGAGCCAAUGCAUUCUGCUGAGCCCGACAGCACCGAUGAAUCCGACGAUGAUUCGGAGGAAAGUGAAGAGGAGUAA